GCAACAGACACCUCUUCCAGCCCUUCAUCUCUUCUGGGCGACAAUAAAGCACAAGGAUCUCCAGAUUCGGACGGCUCGUCUUCUCCUGACCGAGAUACUGCCCCAGUGACCCUGAGGCAUCGGCCGAGAACAACCGGUGCAAUGCAGGAUCCGAUUGAUUUGGGUUUGCUAUCUUACAUGCAGGCGGAAUGCCUUUUCGAACAGUAUUAUGAAAGGUUGAACCCUGUGAUCCUCUUGUUAGAUCCGAUAUUGCAUCAUCUCGACCAGGUUCGCGAACGAUCCAAACCUUUAUUGACCGCCAUCUUGGGCGUAACGGCUCGUUUCCGGUCCCCCGACAUCGCCAGCAGAUGCUUCGACCAUCUCGAUAUCAUCCUGUCUCGGGCCGUCUUUGCUGGCGAAUCGGACAUCCACCUAAUCCAAGCUUUACUCCUGGCUAUUUACUGGAGGACGCCUGGGGACAAGUCUAGUUGGACGAAAACAGGCAUCGCCGUCCGCAUGGCUCAGGGGUUGGGACUACACAAUUGCUUUUCUCAGAAGUUUACUGACAAGUUCUCCGAUCCAAGGGGGUUACUCAAUCUUCAACGGACUUGGUUGUGUGUCGUAUGUUUUGACCGAUCAUUCAGCCACGUUUUUCGACUGCCUCGAGCGAUCCAAUCUGACUAUCAUGCGGAAUCCCUAGGAUGGUUGGAAUACGAGCCUUCCAUUCAUAUACCGUCGGAUUGUCAAUUGGCCUUAAACCUGAAUCUCGUUCCGAUCACGGACUUCUUAUAUGCCGCCACUGAGGAAGAUCAGAGCGACGCAAGUGCCGUUCAAUUACUGCAGAAGGCGGACGACCUCCUCGUAUCCCAAGAGAAAUUUUGGUUCUCGGCCCAGAACCUUCCACCUACUUCCCGUUACAUCGCUGCCAUCAUGUUCAGCCUGGCACAUUCCGUCGUGAGAUGGUAUGCUCUGCGAAAGUCAGGAGACUCCCCGUCAGCCAGGACGCGAUUUCUCGCCGCGGCCUCCAACGUCGCCGAUAACAUCAGCGCUGCCGCAGACGCCGAGUUACUUCAUCUCUGGUUCGAUGCAGGAGUGACAAACGUGUCAGACAUCGGCUUGUGUCUUUUCAAGCUGUUCGACGUUGAGCGGAAAGAUUGCCGGACCAUCUUAUCCUCAUUGCAUCGGCUACAGUAUGCAUUUCGGCACCCAAACCUCGACACGGAGCUGUCCUUUACUUCGGUAUCCCGGUUUUUCGGACGACUCGUAGAUCGAGCGGAAAGUUUACUGGCGAAGAAAAGACAUGGCGUUUCGCCCAUCGCGGCAUCGCACUUUCAAUCGGGUCAUUCCGAUUAUAAUAUGCCAGGUAUCACUCAUUUCGAAAGCAUAUUACGUGAUUGGGAUACGGCAGACUCUGAGCAAUACCUUGUGGAGUCAACUCCGUCAGGCGGUUCCAAUGAUGCGUCGGGAUCAGUUCCUUAGAUCUUGAGCCGUAGUCUCGGAACACACUCUUCUAGAUAUCUACUACCAUAUACGUCAUGGAGCGUGUUGGCCGCGGAGGGGCGAUGGACUCGCGCUCUGCCGGAACAAUUCCCGGAACUUUCUCGGUUCAUUGCAGAUGGCCAACUUGGUCGAGCGCCCUGAUCAAUCGAUGGAACGCUGAUCAUUCCGGUCGUCGAUCACUGCGUAUCACUGCAAAACGGAAA